AUGGCGAGUUAUUUUGACAUGAACGAAUUCAGCGUAGAACAGCUUAUGGCUCUCAAUAGUAUCAUAGACAGUGAUAACGAGAUUGAUGAAAGAGUAGAGAACAUCAUGGAGGACAAAACCUACAGGAUUGCACCUAGUGAUAAGGGCAAAGAUCCCCUUGAAGGAGAAAGACAAUUUGUAGAUGAAGUUGACCGUGAUAUGGAGGUAAAGAAACCAAGACGUCUUCCUUUGAACUAUAAGGGUAGAAGAGGAAUUAUGCCAACAUGGAAGUACUCUGAAAGACAAAAGGCUAAGGCCCUACUUGUAGAGGAGGCAUACCAGAAUCUACUAAAAAGGGGAGUUGAGGGGUUACCACCAACAAUGGGAGGUAGAUGGCGCACAGAUGAUCCUCAGGUGAAUGCGGAAAUUAGGAGAAUCGAAAACGAGAGGAAUCCUAAGCGUCCCAGAGGUAGACCACCAAAGCCUAAGGUUGAUGGUGAAGUUAAGGUUCCUAAAAGGAGAGGUAGACCACCAAAGCCUAAGGUUGAUGGUGAAGUUAAGGUUCCUAAAAGGAGAGGUAGACCACCAAAGCCUAAGGUUGAUGUUAUACAACAAAAGCCUAAGGUUAGAAGGCAAACUGUUGCGGAAAGAUUCCUGAGUCAAAAUAGGAUAAAACUCUCGGUGCCUGCAAACAGUAUUAUAACUCCAACAGGUCCAGGUAAGUUUACGAUCAGUGUGGAUCUUAAUAAGAAACCCACAAGGAAAGCUCCUGAAGUGCCUAAGGGUGUAGCUCCAUGGAGACCGACACCUAAACCUAGAACUAGACUUCCUCCUAAGGAAAGACCUGUACCGAAACCCAGAACGGUACUUCCCAAGGAAAGACCUGUACCGAAACCUAGAACUAGGAAACCAGUGUCUCCUCCUAAGGUCCGUAAGCCUGUAAAGGUGUCAAGGGAAGUCAAGGAGCAGCCUAUAGUGGUUACACCAGAGGAACACGAAAUAGACCCAUUUGGAACUUACCUUGAAAAGCCAUUCCACAGAAAAAUUGAAACAGCCGCAAAUGGAGCUGCUGUAACUUACUCAAUAACUCCUCAUUAUAUGGACCCCCUGAAUCUGUUAACUGCAAGUAGACAGGUAGUGAGAGGAAUACUUGUGAACGAAUUGAAGAGAAUGGGAGGGUUGAAGUACACGGAGACAAUAAAGGUGAGAAUGUCGAAGGAGAUAGGUAACGGUAAAACAAAGAAGGACUCAAUCUACUUCAAGUCUAAAACUGGCACUGCAACUAACUUCGAGGAUAUUGAAAGUACAGCUGCUCAAAACCAACUGACAAUAUUGUCUAGAAUUGAAACAAUCCAAAACUUAGGUUAA